AUGGCUGGUGGUUUGAUCGCUCCGGCUCGGCUUCACUUGAUAAGUCACCAGGAUGCCGCCGAGAAGGACGAAAAUGCUUGGAUCGCAGCGCUUUACACGCGACAGCCGCUGGUGAUCCGCCAGCAAAUUGAAGUAGCCAUGGAGCAGAACAAGGCCAAAGAAGGCCCCAGCAGCAAGGCGAUCCUCCAAGCAGAGGAGUAUGCCAAGAAGCUCGAGGACUAUGAGAAGGAGCAAGAGGAGCUUCGGGAGAAGGAGGAGGAGGAGCUUCGACAGGAAGUGGCCGACUUGGACCUCACCGAGGCCGGAGAUGGGGAGGACCAGCAAGAACUGGGGAGGACAUUCCCCAAGCAAAAGAAGCGAUGUCCAUGA